AAAUGUGACAUAUGUGGGAAAGUUUUUGAGCACAAGUCAAAAUUGCAGAGACACCUGAACAGCCACACAGGUGAGAAGCCGUUUUCUUGCAAAACAUGUGGGAAAAGAUUCAGUUACAGAUCAGGAUUGACCGCUCAUAUAAGAAUCCACACAGGUGAGAAGCCAUACCUUUGCAAGACCUGCGGGAAAAGAUUCAGUGAGAAGUCAGGAUUGGAAAGGCAUUGUAGAAUCCACACAGGUGAGAAGCCAUACGUUUGCAAGACCUGCGGGAAAAGAUUCGGGAGGAAGUCAGCAUUGAAAACGCAUUAUAGAAUCCACACAGGUGAGAAGCCGUUUUCUUGCAAAACAUGUGGGAAAAGAUUCAGUCAGAAGUCAGGAUUGGAAAAGCAUUGUAGAACCCACACAGGUGAGAAGCCAUACCUUUGCAAGACCUGCGGGAAAAGAUUCAGUGAUAAGUCAGGAUUGGAAAGGCAUUGUAGAAUCCAUACAGGUGAGAAGCCGUUUUCUUGCAAAACAUGUGGGAAAAGAUUCAGUGACACAUCAGCAUUGAGCGCUCAUAUAAGAACCCACACAGGUGAGAAGCCAUACCUUUGCAAGACCUGCGGGAAAAGAUUCAGUAAGAAGUCAUCAUUGGAAAAUCACAUGACAAUCCACACAGGUGAGAAACCGUAUACUUGUAUGUGGGAGAGCUUUCAGACGUAAUCGUUAUUUGUUAGUCCACAUGAGGACUCAUUCAGGGGAGAAGCCGUAUACUUGCAAAACAUGUGGGAGACACUUCAGAUGUACCAGUAACUUGACAGUCCACAUGAGAACACACACAGGUGUAAAGGUGCAUCACU